CAAACUAGUAAAUUAGUUUAUAUGAAUACUAUAGCAGGUCUUGAUAUACUUAAUACCCUAAUAAUGAUUCUUUUAACAAGUAUACUCAUUAGUAGCCUACUUCUUGCUAUUAUACUUACUUCUGAUGAAACAACAAGUACUUUUGUAAAAGCCUUAGAUAUGCUUAAUAGAAAGAAUAGUAUUAUAUAA